CCGCUCCGCAGCCUGGGAGCACCGGCGAGCGGCAGAGGCCGGCCGGGUGGCGGCCAUGGACCGCUUCGUGUGGACCAGCGGCCUCCUGGAGAUCAACGAGACCCUGGUGAUCCAGCAGCGCGGGGUGCGCAUCUACGACGGCGAGGAGAAGAUAAAAUUUGAUGCUGGGACCCUUCUUCUUAGCACACACCGGCUGAUUUGGAGAGACCAGAAAAAUAACGAGUGCUGCAUGGCCAUUCCCCUGUCUCAGAUUGUGUUCAUCGAGGAGCAGGCGGCUGGAAUCGGGAAGAGCGCCAAAAUCGUGGUUCAUCUGCACCCAGCUCCUCCUAACAAAGAGCCCGGUCCGUUCCAGAGCAGUAAGAACUCCUACAUCAGACUCUCCUUCAAAGAGCAUGGCCAGAUUGAGUUUUACAGGCGUUUAUCAGAAGAAAUGACACAGAGAAGAUGGGAGACCGUGCCCGUUUCCCAGUCGCUACAAACAAAUAAAGGACCCCAGCCAGGAAGAGUAAGAGCUGUUGGAAUUGUAGGUAUUGAGAGGAAACUUGAAGAAAAAAGAAAAGAAACCGACAAAAACAUUUCUGAGGCCUUUGAAGACCUGAGCAAGCUGAUGAUCAAGGCUAAGGAAAUGGUGGAGUUAUCAAAAUCAAUCGCUAAUAAGAUUAAAGAGAAGCAAGGUGAUGUCACAGAAGACGAGACCAUCAGGUUUAAGUCGUACUUGCUGAGUAUGGGAAUAGCCAACCCAGUUACCAGAGAAACCUAUGGCUCAGGCACUCAGUACCACAUGCAACUGGCCAAACAGCUGGCAGGAAUAUUACAGGCACCUUUGGAGGAACGAGGAGGAAUAAUGUCACUCACAGAGGUGUACUGUCUAGUGAACCGGGCCCGAGGAAUGGAGUUGCUCUCACCAGAAGAUUUAGUAAACGCAUGCAAGAUGCUGGAAGCGCUGAAAUUGCCCAUCAGGCUCCGGGUUUUUGACAGUGGCGUCAUGGUAAUUGAGCUUCAAACUCACAAGGAAGAGGAGAUGGUGGCCGCAGCCCUGGAGACAGUUUCGGAAAGGGGAUCCUUGACAUCAGAAGAGUUUGCCAAGCUUGUGGGAAUGUCUGUCCUUCUGGCUAAAGAAAGGCUGCUUCUUGCAGAGAAGAUGGGCCACCUUUGCCGAGACGACUCCGUGGAAGGCUUGCGGUUUUAUCCAAAUUUAUUUAUGACACAGAACUAAGAACUUUGUACCUGAAAUACUUUUUGCAUUUUGCCAAGGUCUCACGACAUUGAGCUAAGAGAUAAACCCAAAUAAACCAAGAAUGUGUUAGAACUUCA